GUGACGUAAAAAGAACGCGACCGACUUUACAGAGAGAAGUACCCCUCUGUGCAAGCAUCAUGGUCCUGCUACCAACCAGCCUUACAGAAGAAGAGGAGGCUUUGCAGAGGAAGUUUGCAAAGCUGAAAAAGAAGAAAAAAGCCCUUCUUGCUUUAAAGAAGCAAACAUCCACGAACCAGACAAGCCAGACGGGAAUAAAAAGAUCCCUCUCAGACCAGCCUGCAGUUGACACAGCUACAGCUACAGAACAAGCAAAGAUGUUGGUGAAGACUGGAGCAAUCAGUGCUAUAAAGUCAGGGACAAAAAACAGUGGCUUCAAACGUUCUCGUACUUUGGAAGGCAAACUCAAGGACCCUGAUAAGGGACCUGUUCCAAGCUUCCAGCCUUUCCAACGUAGCGUUUCUGUGGAUGAGGAACAGGCAGAGAGUUCCAGAAGGUCUCAGAGAAAAUCACUCUAUGAAAGUUUUGUCAGCCCGAGUGAGCGAAUGAGAGAUCCUGAGAGAGAAAGCGAGGAACGAGAGAGUGAGAGGGAUACUCGUCGAGGAGAGAGGGAACUUUUAGAGAGAGAACCUUAUGAUAGAGAUCGUGGAAGAGAGCGAGAUCGUGACCGGGACAGAGAACGAGAUAGAGACCGAAGUGAGAGAGACCGCGAAAGAGAUCGUGAAAGGGACAGAGAUGGCUUUUACCGCAGUAAUUUGCCACUUUUUUGAUUUUUACUGAAGCAGAGGGCUGGAAUUAUAGCUCUGCUAUUCAUCUUAGCUUCCCUUUGCCUAACUUCCUUACCAGGUCUUCAUUUACUAAUGAUUUAACCAGUGCCUUUGUCAUGCAUCCUGUAGGAUCAGAUUCAUUCCCUGAACGUCGGGCUCCAAGGAAAGGUAAUACUGUUUAUGUUCAUGGUGUGGGCAUGAACCAGACAAUGCUUCGUGAGGCUUUUUCCAGCUUUGGGAACAUUAUUGAUCUUUCUGUGGAUGCUCCAAGGAAGUAAGUAGGCACUGUAUGGACCUUACUAGUGUGCUUUUAGGCUGGCAACCUUUUAAUUUUGGGGGCCUUUUAUUCCCAGCUGUGCUUUUGUUACAUAUGAGAAGAUGGAGUCAGCUGACCAGGCUAUUUCAGAGGUGAGUUUUGCUGCAUGGUUUCCUUUUACUGCCUCCUUUAUUCCAUUUGAUACUGCUAUUCUUUGUCAUUGUCACUUUGGAGUAUUAAACACAUAGAACUGAAAAAAUGGGAUUUUGUUGUUUUUUUUUAAGCCGUUUUUGUUUUCUCAGAUUUUUAGAAAAUAAAGAUUGGGCUCUUUAUUUAAACAGCAAGGCUUCUAAAACUGUGCUAUGCAGUGUUGUAUGCUUCACUAAAUGUUUGCUAUAAUUAUCUGCUUGAUUGUUUGCUAUGAUAAGUGUUGGAGGCCUUAAAGGAACAGUAACACCAAAAAAUUUAAAUGUCUUAAAGUAAUUAAAAUAUAAUUUACUGUUACCUAAACUGGUGUGUUUGCUUUAGCAACACUAUUAUAUUUUAUAUAAAUACCCUGCUGUGUAGCUACAGGGGCAGCCAUUCAAGCUGGAAAAAAGGAGAAAAGGCACAGUUUUUAUAACAGAUAAGACACCAUUGUAUUCUACUGAGUUUAUCUGUUAUCUGCUAUGUAACCUGUGCCCUUUCUCCUUUUGAAUGGCUGCUCCCAUGGCUACACAGCAGCUUAUUUAUAUAAACUAUAGUAGUUUUUCUGAAACAAACACACUACUUUUACCAGUGCAGGGAAAUAGUACAUAAUAUAAUAAUUAUUUUGAUACACUUUCAUUUUUUGGUGUUACUUUUCUUUUAAAAGUAUAUCAAACAGCUAUACUUUGAGAAGUUUAACCUCAUGCCCCUAUUGGGUCAAAUUCCUUGAACCUCUGUAAAAUUUGUUCUCACGUCUGAACUGAAUUCUUCUUCUUCUAAUUCAGCUUAAUAACAAGGUGAUAGAAGACAUACCAGUGAAGGUUAGCAUAGCUCGCAAACAGCCUAUGUUGGAGGCAGCCACAGGAAAAUCAGUUUGGGGUUCAUUGGGUAAGUUGUAACUUUAUAUGUAAAUGUUUCUCUUGCAAUUUCUCUACAAAUAUAGUCAUAAGGCUGCAGAGCUACAUUAUGGACUGCUGGUGAAAGGGACAGUACCAGCAUGAUAUUGCUUUUACAAGGCAAGCUGUAGAAGGCAAGAAUCUCUGCAAACCUGUAGCACCCGGUGGAGGUGGAAUGUGGACUGCCUAUUUACACUAAAGGGCAAUUCAGAAGUUAAUAGUGCAACCACAUGGGUGCUCUGACAGCACAGGCAAAACAAAGAAGACUUAACCAAUAAGAAAACUGUCCCCUUCUGCCCUGGAUUGGUACUUAACAUUAUAUAGUAAAAUGUCACAGAUUUAUCUUCUGUUUUUCUUUUCCUUCACAGCUGUACAGAACAGUGUUAAAGGUUCACACAGAGAUAAGAGGUCUCAGGUCAAUUACUCUGAAGAUUUAUUUAGCGAUGGUCAAACUGAUGCUGAUAAAAAGCCAGGAUAAAGAGAAGCGAGGAGAAAGAGAAUAUUAGGGCCCAAGAUCUCUAUGUGUACAUGGUACACAUGGUUGAGGAUGGUAAAUAAAGUGACCGUUGACUAUUUAAAGAAACAAGACUGUGCUUAUAUGCUAUGCCCAAGAUUUUUUUUUUUUAACUAUAAUUUAAAAUGGCUUUUCAGUUAUUUGUGGAUAUGUAGGUUACUGUUUGCAUUGUCCCUUUAAAUAUGUACUCUACAUUCCUGUAAUAAUGAUUUAGUGACUACUUUCUACUAAUUGGCUUUAUCUCAGUUGUUUUGGGCACAUUUACCAUCUCAGCAUGCAUAGAGUAUGCCAAUAGACACAAGGAAGGUAAAUAAAAUUACUUGUAUAAGGUACAACA